CAUCGUUGCUCCAAAACCACACUCUUCACAGCACACAAACACACACAAACGAUUCUAACAUAUCUGCAUCAACCUAUUCCAAUGGCACACAGAAAAAUGAAUAUGGGUUUGAUUUUGGUCGUAAUGGCCAUGCUGUGUGCAGGAGCUGCAGCACAAUCGAGUUGUACAAAUGUGCUAGUGAGCCUGUCGCCAUGCCUAAACUAUAUUACAGGAAAUUCCUCAACCCCCUCUUCAGGAUGCUGCUCACAGCUUGCCACUGUGGUGCGUUCACAACCACAAUGCCUGUGUCAGGUUCUCGGCGGGGGUGCAUCAUCAUUGGGGAUCAAUAUCAACCAAACUCAAGCCCUAGCCUUGCCUGGUGCUUGCAAGGUCCAGACCCCACCAACCAGUCAGUGUAAUACAGCUGCUACACCAGCAAACUCCCCAGAAGAACCAGCAGCAGAGUCUCCAAAUUCAGGUCCAUCAGGAACCGGAUCAAAAAGCACACCCACAACAGGUGAUGGAUCAUCCAGUGGGAAUUCCAUCAAGUUAUCCAUUCCUCUGUUACUUGUUUUGGCAGCAACGUAUGCUUCAACUUUCAGAACAUACUGAUUCUUUAAUCAGUGGGCUUCUCAGUUGAAAUGUUUUUUUUUUCCCUUGUUAUUUGUUUAAUGUAUUCAUUUGUGUAAUUGUGUGACCUCUACUGGAUUACAACAUAGUUUUGUAUUGUGAGAAAGAUUUGUUCUCUAUACUUUAUCAAUAAAGAUGGAUUGAAACUUGUGGUUUGCA